AUGACUGGUGGUACGCUGCAGUCACUUCUGGAGCAAAGCCUGGGGGCCCUGUUCGUUGGCAUUCUCGUAGCUGCGAUCUUGCUAGGGAUAACCAACCUUCAAACAUACGUCUACUUCAAGAGUUAUCCCAACGAUUGGCUGCACUACAAGCUCGCGGUUGUAUUCCUUUGGUGUCUGGAUACCCUCCAUUUCGUCCUCGCAGCCCACGCUGUAUACUGGUACUUGGUCAUGCAUUUUGACGAAAUAUCGCUGCACCUUCCCAUUGUGUGGUCGUUCAAGCUACAACUAGUGCUUAACCUACUCACCAUUCUUAUGGUCCAGUCGUUAUAUGCCUUCCGUCUGUGGAAAGUUAGUAGCUCACAGAAGAGGAGAACCGCGGCCUACCUCGUGAUAGCACUCGUAGUCUGCAACUAUGGAAUGACCACCGCGACUUGCUAUUUCAUAUAUCAAGUUCAUGCCAUCACGGAUGUCCAACAUUACUGCUGGAUGAUAUACUCCAUCUACGGCACUGGGAUUCUGGUUGACUUUGCAAUCGUCGCCGCUUUCUGCUGGACUAUUGCGCAGCACCGGAACGGGCACCCUAACUCCGACUCGAUCAUCAAUCGGCUCAUCGUAUACGUUGUCGCUUCUGGAGUGUUGACGAGGCACGUCGUGAGGUGUCCCCUGCACCUAGGUUAG